AUGGAUUUUCACACAAUUCUUGAUUUAUCAUUACCGAAUCCUGCGAAUUCAAGUGCAGCAUCAUAUGUAUAUAAGCCUGUAGUUCUUGACCGCUCAUUUGCUCGUGGUGGUGUAGCUGUACUCUCGAACGCACUACUUGAAGAGCGGACGAGGAUUUGUCACCAAUAA